AUGGAAGUUGGUGGACUAAUCCAGAGAUGGUGGAGUGAGCAAAGAAUGUGGUUGAUCAAAGGCAUCACAUCUUCCACCUUUGGAACUUUGGAUUUUAUAUUUAGCGAAAUAGGGAGCUCAACCUCAGGAUUCAACUUGACAAGCAAAGUUAAGAAAGAAGAAGAAAACAAGUUGUAUGAAAAUGGCAAGUUUGUCAUCUACGCUUCACCAUUCUUUGUCUCAAUGGUAACGAUAGCCAUUGUUAAUUCCAUCUCCUUCAUUUUUGGAUUCAUAAAGGCUAUGAUAAGAGUUGGGGGGUUGGAUGAGAUGCUGAUUCAGAUAUUGCUUUCUGGAUUCAUUGUGACAAACUCGUGGCCUAUUUAUGAGGCAAUGUUCACUAGAAAAGAUGGUGGAAAAAUGCCAGGAAGUGUUACUAAGGCCUCUAUUUUGCUUUCCUCUAUAUUAUUCUAUCUCGGUAACUUCAAAUUUACAUAAAUGAUUAGCUAGGCUAAUGCUUUGUUACUUGCUUAUGAUUCAAGUAUGAACACUAGAGUUUCUAAUAUGUUGGAUGAUCGAUACUAUAGUUUCCAAGUUGAUAAAGGGUUUAUAUAUGUGUAGUUUCUAUUGAAUAA